UACAUCACUGCUAAUAUGAUUGGUAAUCUCGCAGACAGAUUUCGAAAUAAUGAAUUUUUGAUAUUCUUGGAUUUUUUUGCUGGAGUACAUGUCGAUAUGCAGGGUUAUUCUAUUGACCCCGAACAUGGUGAAACAAAGAUAAAAGAAGAUUAUCCUAUUUUGAAGUCUUUUCUUGCGGGAUCACUAUCUGGUACAUUUUCAACUAUUUUAUUUCAACCUUUGGACCUUGUUAAAACCAGACUUCAAAGUAAAGUAAAUCUUCAUCUUGGUGCUCCAAAAAGUGGUACUUUAAGCAUAGUUAUUCAUAUAAUUAAAAAUGAAAAUGUGCUUGGACUCUGGAGGGGCAUGACUCCAACCAUUACUAGAGUUGUACCUGGUGUUGGAUUGUAUUUUGCAUCAUUGCAUUGGUUAAAGCACACAUUGCAUUUAAAAGAUCCACUCACACCUACAGAAGCUUUGUUAUUAGGUAUUACUGCAAGAUCUAUGUCUGGAGCUUUAUUGAUUCCAAUAACGGUAGUAAAAACACGUUUCGAAAGUGACGUUUAUAAAUACAAUAGUAUAGCAGAAGCAUUAAAAUUAAUAUACAAGCAGGAAGGAGUAAGAGGUCUUUCGAGUGGAUUAGUACCGACGUUAUUAAGAGAUGCUCCUUAUAGUGGUCUUUAUCUCACGUUUUAUACUCAAUUAAGAACUAUUUUUACAAAAGCAGAUUUGCCCUAUACCAAGUCGUCUGUUCCGCUGCAUUUUAGUUGCGGAAUAUUAGCAGGAAUAUUUGCUUCUAUCAUAACACAACCUGCCGAUGUAAUCAAGACAAAGAUGCAAUUAUAUCCAGAUGAAUUUAAAAAUAUUCGUAAUGCAGCUUUAAGGAUUUAUGAAAAAUAUGGUAUAUUAGGAUAUUUCAAAGGCAUUGUUCCACGAAUGUUGAGAAGGACAUUAGUGACUGCAAUGGCUUGGACCGUAUACGAAGAGGUUACAAAAUUUAUAGGACUUAAAUAAAAUUGUUUAAUAAUAUAAGUUUUUGGUGAUCGUUGACAUAAUUUUAAAAGAAGUCAAUAAUUUACGCACGAUGGAACCAAAGUCAUUCAGCCAAUACAGAUAUUUACACUUGAUGUACAGUAUUUUAGUCUUGUACAAAGAUAAUUUGAUUUUAGCGAACAAUUGUAUUAUAGCAAAUAUCACUACUAUGUACAGUAUUCAAAUAGAACCUAUCGCUCAAUAAUGUAUUAUUCAUAUAUAUAUUUUUAUUUAAUAAAUUUUAUAAUUUAAUAGAGA